GUUUAGAGAAAAGAAAGAAUAAUGAAACUAAGCUUUGUACCCCGGAUCAGAUAUUAUUCACAGUCAAUUUCGCUGCGCUGAGACAAGAAAUAUUUAUUUUGUAAAAAAAUGAAUCAAUUAUAUUAUUAAAUGCUUUGAAAUUUAGUUUAUGAAAUACAUUUGAAGUUUCUAUAUUACCUCGUAAGUGAAGUUCUGUUCGAUCCUUAGGUCACAAUAGAGAUUUCCUGGAACAUACGUGAUAAUUUGACUUAAAUGAGAUGCUUCCGCUUACUACAAAAGAUCCUCGAGGAAUCGGUUAUCGAGUUAAGGAGAAACUAUCGUCUUGGCGGCGUUUAAUAUUCAGUGAUAAGAAUUCAAGAAACUUAUUUCUAUUUUUAUUACUGAACUUGUCUUUUGCAUUUGUUGAACUUCUUUAUGGCGUAUGGACAAACAGUUUAGGUCUUAUAUCAGAUUCAUUUCAUAUGUUUUUUGACUGCACGGGUUUACUUGCUGGUCUUGCGGCAUCAGUUAUAACAAAAUGGAAAGCCAAUGACAAGUACUCUUACGGUUAUGUACGAGUUGAAGUAUUGGCAGGAUUUGUAAAUAGUUUAUUUCUACUAUUUAUCUCGUUCUUUAUUCUUUCUGAAUCCGUCGAACGUUUGAUUGAACCACCAGAAGUCAAGCAUGAGCGACUUUUUGUUGUGUCAAUUUUAGGAUUCAUAGUGAAUUUAGUCGGUAUUUAUGCAUUCCAACAUGGGGGAGCCCAUGGCCAUAGUCAUGGUGGCGGAUCAUCGCACUCGCAUUCACACAAUUCACAUAGUAUUCAUAAUGAUCGUGAAAUGUUGCUUAAUAAUCAUCACGGACAUUCUCAUGAUUCUGGGGCAAGUCAUCAUGGACAUUCACAUAGCCUGGAUACAGGGAAUUCUCAAAUCAUGCGUGGAGUUUUUCUUCAUAUCCUUGCUGACACUUUAGGAUCAGUUGGUGUGAUCAUCUCAGCAAUUCUUAUGCAUUUGUUCGGUUGGAUGAUUGCUGAUCCAAUUUGUUCAAUGUUUAUUGCUAUUUUAAUUGCAUUAAGUGUGUUGUCACUGAUAAAAGAAUCAAUUAUGGUCCUGAUGCAAAGACAACCGGUCAUUCUUGAUCGUCUUUUGCCAGGAUGUUAUCAAAAAGUGACCGGAUUAGCUGGUGUCUAUUCUGUUCAAGAGCCACAUUUUUGGACACUUUGUAGUGACUUUUAUGUUGGUGCAAUAAAACUCGAAGUAAGCAAAAAUGUCGAUCCCAAAUAUGUCAUAACACACACUCGAAUGAUAUUCGAGUCAGUUGGCGUGCGACAAAUUUACAUUCAACUUGACUACGCGUCUAUGUGAUAUAUGGUUGAAAAUAAAAAUAAAUAAUAAGAUUGCUAGGUAUUAACACUUUAAAAAAAAUCAGCCAAGCAACCUAUUAAUGUCAAUGUCAUCAUUAUGUGGUGAUAUUCUUGAGGAAAACUUCAAAAGUUGAAUAACAAAGAAAAUAUUCAAACUUAAGAUUUUUUAUGAAUGAAAGAAAAUAAAACAGAACAAAUUAGAAAAUCAUAUAAGAAACGUUAGAAAAUAAUAAAAUUUCGUAUCUUAAGUAAAAAUACAACUUUCUUUAAAAAAUUAUUAUCUAAAAAGUUUCACUUCAAUGCCUGGAUUUACAUUUA